GAGCGAACGAGAAGAGAGAAGAAGCGGAAGAGAGAAAGGGUCGUGGAGGGCGAGAGAGUAGGAAAAUGAGAGAGAGUCCCUCGAACGUCGUGUCGUGGUCUAGCCAAAGAGACAAGAGCCUGGUAGGAAGGUGCGUCGCCGUCGUCGCAACGAGAGAAGAAGAAGAAAGAAAAGAGAGAGAGAGAGAGUGUGAGAAGGAAACGAAGAGAGGUGGGAAGGAAUCGGUAGGCGCGCACAGUGAAUCGCCCGGGAGAGAGAGAACGCUCGUGUGUCCCUUAACCUUAAAAAAGUUGAAGAGUCGUUUCUCAGAAGGCACGAUCGUAGUUUGUCGCAGCUCUCGCCGGUUGCCGUGAUCUUCCCUCCGUCGGUUUGUAUGAUCGAGCUGGCUCGAGAGACAUCCAUUGCCACCGGAAACGCACGCCAAGUCUUAACUACCAGUACCAAACCAACCAACCAACCACUGUACCACCACCGGUGCCACGAGUCGACGUGACAGAGAGUCUGUUGAAUCUCGAAGCGAGCGGGAAACAGACAGCGGGGUCCGAAGGAAACGAAGAGAGGAGAAAACAAAAGAUAGCACCCGGCCAAGGAACGCUUGGAAGAUCGUUCAAGAGAAGUUAAUACGAUAAACCUCCUGUGUCCUCCUUUUCGUUCUUCAUUUUUGGUGUGCAAGCGCGAAAAUCACGCCGAGUAUCACGCCGAGAUCGUGUCCGCUGAGAGACGUCGAGACAGCAGUAGAAAAUUCAGACCGAAAAAAAAACAGGCCACGGAAGAGACUCUGACGAAAGCGCGCUCUCGUGUUCGUUUUCUUCUCCUGUGUGAUAACGGGAGAUUUCCAAGAUCGUCGUCGUCGUCUGUAUUCGUCUUGUACAUCGGGGAUAGCUGCGAUCCGCCCUCCCCUCCGUCCCGGACGUGUUGUCAGCGGUGAUCGUGUCAUCGUGUUGAGUUCGUCCGCGAUUUUCCUCACAUUCGGGUCUCGUAGUGCGAGAUAUACUCGGUUAUCUGUAAUCGUUAUCGCGACGUGAUCGCGCAUCUUCGUUGACGUGUGCUCCGCGGGCAACAUCGUCAGCGAACGGUCGCAUCGUCCAGCCGCGUGCCGCCAACCCGAGCAGCAAAUUCGUUCGAGCCACGUGACCGGGACACGCAUCUCGGGGAAAGCCGCCACCAUAGCGUCCAAGAGCGAGCCAACCACCAUGUCGAAGCUCUACGUGGGCAAUCUGCCGUCGGAUUGUAACGAGAGUGCCCUCAGGCAACUCUUUCAGGAUCAUAAUUUAUCGUGCACGACGAUCCUGGUGAAACGAGGUGGCUACGCGUUCGUCGACUGUACCGAUCAAUCUGUGGCGGAUCGUGCGAUCGACAAACUUAACGGAUACACGUACCUCGGAUCGACGCUUGUCGUGGAGCCGUCUGUAGCUAGCGGGCCGAAGAAACGCUCCGGAUCGAAAGUAGUUGUGAACAACAUCCCAGCCCUGGCCAGAUUAGAAGACGUCGAGGUUCUCUUCUCCAACUGCGGCCAAGUGCAGGCCGUGGAAAAGUUAACGUCGCGCGACCCUAACGUACAAACCGUCCUCAUUAGCUAUGAGACGCAGGAACAAGCACAGCAGGCUGUGAACCAAUUGAAUGGCCACGAUUUCGACGGUAGCCCGCUAAAAGUGGAAAUGUCUACGGCGGAGAAUCGACGAAGAGGCCGCAGCCAGCGCAGCGGCGUCGCUUAUUCCGGCGUGUCGGGCGCCGGACGUCAGGCGGACUUCCCGCUUCGUAUUCUCGUGCAGUCGGAGAUGGUAGGAGCCAUAAUUGGCCGUCAGGGAUCCACUAUACGCCAGAUCACGCAGAUGACGCGCGCGCGGGUGGACGUUCACCGAAAGGACAGCCUCGGCGCCGCGGAGAAAGCCAUCACUAUUUAUGGCAAUCCAGAUAACUGUACGAACGCUUGCAAGAAGAUCAUGGACGUCACGCAACAAGAGUCUUACGGCUUGAGCAAAGGCGAGAUCUCGCUGAGAAUCCUCGCGCACAACAAUUUGAUUGGACGUAUCAUCGGGAAGGGUGGCACCACCAUCAAGAAAAUUAUGCAGGACACUGACACGAAGAUCACCGUGAGCAGCAUCAACGACAUUAACAACUUCAAUCUCGAGCGCAUCAUCACCGUGAAAGGCACCAUCGACAACAUGAGCAAAGCCGAAUCCAUGAUUUCCAGCAAAUUGCGCCAAAGCUACGAGAACGACUUGCAGGCAAUGGCUCCACAAAGCUUGAUGUUCCCGGGCUUGCAUCCAAUGGCUAUGAUGUCCACCGCUGGCAUGGGAUACAGCUCGCGUGGCCCCGGUUUGUACGGUUCCGGACCAGCUCCGUACCCUUACCAAGCCAGCUUGCCGACGCAACAGGGUAUUCCGAUUGGCGACACUCAAGAAACCGCGUAUCUUUACAUUCCAAACACCAGCGUAGGCGCUAUUAUAGGGAGCAAGGGCUCUCAUAUCAGAAAUAUCAUCAGAUUCUCUGGCGCCAGCGUCAAGAUCGCGCCGAUCGAACAGGAUAAGCCGGUAGAGCAACAAAAUGACAGAAAAGUGACUAUCGUUGGGUCACCAGAAUCACAGUGGAAAGCUCAAUACUUGAUCUUCGAGAAGAUGCGCGAGGAAGGUUUCGUAGCUGGCACCGAGGACGUCCGAUUGACGAUCGAGAUCCUCGUGCCGAGUACUCAGGUUGGCCGUAUCAUUGGGAAAGGUGGGCAAAACGUUCGGGAACUGCAACGUGUAACCGGAAGCAUCAUAAAAUUGUCGGAGCAACAAUCGACGUCUCCUUCCGCCGACGAAGAGGCCACCGUCCAAAUAAUUGGCCCCUUCUUCUCUGUACAGUCGGCGCAGAGAAGAAUCCGCGCUAUGGUCCUACAGUCGUCUAGUGCACCUGGAGCAGGUGUAACUGGCUCUCGCGCAGGUCGUGGCAGCAGCCAAGAAGCUGGCUCUCGUUCUCGAAGAGACGGCAGCACCACGUCUCAACAAGGUGCCGCGGCAACGCAACAACAGCAGCAGCAGCAGCACGUCGCUCAGCAACAGUCGAGCACCUCGCCAUCCAGCCAGCAGCAGCAAUCACAAAAUCAGUAACGUCACUGAACAAACUUACCUGACGCCGACCAACGUCUCACAGAAUCCGUUUCAAUCGCCGGGGUGGCAUCGUCGCUUUGACAUUCUCUCGGUAUAUGUAUGAUAAAGGGCUACGUGCGACCUCCUUCUCGCGGGCUAUGUAUCCUAACCUCAGUCGACGCGCGCUGUACGAAAGAGAGCAGGAGAGAGAGAGAGAGAGAGAGAGAGAGGGAGAGAGCAUGUCGUGAAAAACACCGGUUUCCAAAUGUCACAUAACGCUACAACGUGCAUGCAAUAGGGCAUUCUUCAUACCUAACAAAUUACAGAUAUAUAAAUAUGUACAGGUUCGAUUCAGAACGGGGUAAAGAGUGUGAAUACCGAUCGAUGGCUGUUCUUUUCUUGUUUCCAUUUUUUUUUCCUUUUUCCUUUUUUUUUUUUCUGUUUUAGUUAGUUGGUCGUGUAAACGUUCUUACAACAUUUUGCUUGGAAAACGCAAGGAAUAGUAAAGCGUGAUUGGACAGAUUUUUUGCAACAGAGAGAACAGUAGAUUAUGUUAUUGUUGAUCGAUGGCCAUUGAUCGUGACACACACACACGUUAACCCACGUUGCGUUUAACAGCUCAGGAUACACAGCUCUGAAGUAUAAAAUCGAUGCAGGAGAGUGUCGCGUCGAGUCGGAAGCGCACGUUAGCUAACGAAAAACGCAUCGCGCGAGACGAGGUGAGGCGAUGAAAAAAGAAAGAAAGAAAGAAAAGAAAAGAAAUUCGGUUUCUGUCCAUUCGAAACAGGGAAUGAAAGGUAUAAUCGAUCGUUUGGUUGGAGGACGGAGAGAAAAAAGACAACAACGGGACCGCGUUCCCCUCACUUCCUCUGCGCGCGUUGCGGCGCGUUUUCGUUGCGAGUUUCGCUUAAUUUGGAAGUUAAAGCGACGGGUGUGACACUCGAACGAAAUCGAUUUCGCAGCGUUAAACCGAAACCACCUCGUCGAUGAAACAGGAUAAUACGGAUGCUAAGAGAGAAAGAAAAAAAGCAUACACAACCUUAUUACCUCAUUGAUUACGGUUAAAGAUUUAAUAUGAUAAAAUGAAAACGUGAAACGAGAGAGAGGAUAAGAAAAACCAACUAAUCUAAAAAAAAAAAAACAAAAAAACAAAAAAAAAAUGAAGAGAAGAAGUCUACCUAAAUAUUAAAAGUUAUAAUAAUAUACAGAGAAGUUAAGUAACGAUUACACGAUUACGUUAUACAUGUUACUACUACAAUUACUAUUAUUACUGCUACUACUAUUACUGCUAUUAACUACUACUACUUCUUUACUAAGUACUCUAUACAGGAAAGCGGUGUUUUUUUUUUUAUUCCCUCAUUUAAAGAGAAGAAAGAGCCAUUAUAGGUACAGUUUUUUUUUUUUUUUUAAAUAUCAGAACGCAGAGAGACAUUAAUUAAUGAAGAGAAACAAACAACAACAACAGCAACAACAGAAAAUGAACAGAAAGCAUGUGAACGAAACGUGUGACACGUUCUGCAGUUUAUAGACGUAAGAACCGACGAGUUUUCACGACAGACACACCGCUCUCAUUAUAUCCCCCCGCCCCUCUCGCGUCGGUAAUACCAAAGAAGCGAUUAGCGAGUUUUUGCGUAUUAGUGAAGUGAAAAUGCGUGACACGCGUUUACCGGUCGUGUCGAACGCUUUACUCACCUCAAGUUCCUUGCAAGAGCCAAGAAGAGCGGGAGGGGUGUGCAUCACAGACACAGAGAGAGAGAGGGAGAGAGAGAGAAAGAGCGUCUGUGGGGAAUCCAUGAGUGGUUGAUUGAUGUCGGAAACAGCAAAUGGAAGGAAACAUCGACGAAAACAAAAAAACAAAAAAAGAAGCCUCCGUCAUCGAGUCGCUUUCUUUCUUUUUUUUUUCCUUCAAAAAAGAAAAAAAAAAUGAUCGGAAAGAAGAAGAUAAGAGUGCAUGUAGAUCGUAGGCGCGCUCGGUGAAAGAGAGGACGAAGAUAUACCGAGGGAAACAUCCGACGCGUUUGUACGUGAAGCGGACGUUGUUUCGUGCCACGAGAAGGAUGUUCCACGAAGAGGAGAGAGAAUGGAAAAGCGACCGUGUUUGGAGUACGCUCGAGAGAGCGAGAGGAGAGACAGGAGUUGUAAGAAGAAGAAGAUGAUGAAUGAUGAUGAUUCAGGGAUACGUAAAGAGGAGGAGGACAAACUGAUAAGAGAGCAAAAAAAAAAAAACAAAAAAGAAGAAAAAAAAAGAAAAAAAAACACGAAACUUUUCAGGGAUUUUUACUUGUAUCACGAAUGUAAUAAUGUGUGAGUGUGCGUGUGUUAAAUAAUACUAUUAAUUGAUAAGUAAGUAAUUAUUGGUUAGGCUAAAUACGUGGCAAAAGAAGCCCCAAACAAAGUAGAAAUUUAGGGUAAUCGAAGGGAUGGAACACUCGCGGUGAGAAGGAUCAUAGGGGGGGGGAAAAAGAAGAAGAAGAAAACGUGCUGGAGGUGAAAGAAGAAGAGUGACGCUCGAUGAGGGAAAAAAACGUGUUUGAUGUUGCUCUUCGUCUGCGUGAUAUCGCCAGCGAGUUAUCGGUAGUGUACUCUUUUGACUAUCGUUUCAAAACUCUCUUAAACUUUCCUUUUUCCUUCUCGUCAGCUUUUUUUUUUUUUUCUUCCUCAUGACGGUGUGCAAGCGUACAAUUGAUGACUCGGUGGAAACUCGCAAGCGGUAUCAUCGCGUGUCUCUCCGGCACGACGCGUACCAUCGAUCACGAUAAUCCUCACGAGACUCUUUCGCGAGAUUGACUUUUUCUUUUUCUGGGAUAUUUAUAUUGGAAAUUCAUUAGGAGGAGGAGAAUGUACGCGUGGUCGUGGUUCGCCCGUGGCAUGGGGAAUAUUCGUGACCGAUUGAUUACGCGUGAUUCGCAACUUUUUUUUUUAAUAUUGAUCCGCGAAAGGAGAAAAAAUAGUCUAAAACGACGCGAUAGUGUUCGCACGUACACGGACAAGAAGAAAGAUAAAGACAAAGAGCGAAGACCGCAAACGUUCCAGGACUAUUUGUAAAAAAGUGGUGAAAGUGAAGUUUGCACUUUGUCUAUCGAAAGGGACUUUUUUUUUCUUUUUUUUUUUUGUGGAACGGACUGGUAGCUCCGUUUCGGUGGUGUCUGAAAACUAUAACGUGACCAAAAGGGAAAUCCAAUCACAACGGACUGACGAGACGCACGAUUACGAACCACGGAAACAACAAUAAUAACACGCUUUCAAAAAAUAGUCGUUCCGUCGGUGUUAAAUUUCACCUCGGAGUAAGAAUAUUCUCGAAACAGUAGUUUUAUCGAGGUUAGGUCGAUUCGAAAUUCCCGCCACUGGCGGCGACAAGUUGAAAUUGGCGUUCUUCAGUCCUUGGCUAAUUUCGUGGUGCGUGAUCGAUGCUCAAUUUCGUACGAAUUGAACCUCGUGUGUUGUCGGGGGGUUCGCGUACAGCGACGAAGGCGACGAUCGACUCAUUCCGGUUUUUCAUCGGAGGACAGGGUCUCGUCUAACCUGGUCGGUUUACCUCGUGGCAUUCGGUAUGCGUUUAGUAUAAAAAAAAAAAAAAAAGAAACAAAACGAACAGAGCGUGUGAUGACAAGUCGUCUUCUCUUCCAACGUGUAGUGUUUCUCUUCGGUGAAGGGAGGGCGAUAAGAUCGCGCGUGUUUUAGGUUAGGUUUGUCAAAGAUGGUGAGCAAAAGAAACGAUGAAGGGGAAUAUCGCAGUGCUGAUGAUAUAUAUGUAAUCGGAAGGACGAACAAAGGUACGCAGAUGAGGAAGAUAAAGAGACGAAAAGGGAGAGAAAAAGCCUCCUGUCUCUUGCCUUUUUCUUUUUCGCUGCGUCUCGAGAAACGGCGCCGGAUGGAUUAAAAUGGAAGGAGAAAAACGAUUUUUUAAAAACAAACCCGAUACGAAACGACGAAACUCCGGGGAGGAAGUGAGAAAUCGACCGAAGGAAAAGAGAGGGAGAAUAAAGACGGACAAAAAAUGUCGCGAUUACCAAGCGAGAAAACACAAAGAAGACAGGAAGUAGACAAGAAAGGAUAAGAGAAAGAAAGAGAAAAUGAAUCUAAGAGUAAUAAGUUUAUUUUUGAUACAUUGUUGGGGGAGGAUCUAAGUGGAUUUUUCUUUUUUCAGUCCUUUUGUUACGUGUUUUUUAAUAACUUAAUGAAUUUUAACGACGCUAGGUAGAGAAGUAAAAAUGAAAAAGAAGAAAAAAAAAAGAGAGGGAGAGAACGCAAAGCAGCGAGAAGAGACGGCAGACAUUUUUUUAAAGUAGAGUAAUAAGGAGAUAUAUGAAGAGGAGGAGAAGAAAGAUGGUUUUAAAGGAAAAAAAAGAAGGGAAAAAGAAGCAAAGCGGAGUGUUUUUUUUUUCGUGAAAGAGUAUGUGACUCUCAGGAGAGAGAGAGAGAGAGAGAGAGAGAGUGAGGGAGUGAAGAGGUGACAGAGAGAUAAAGGGGAGUUUAAAAGAGUAAAGAUUUAAGGGGAAAAAAAAAAUAAAAGAAGAGUGAGAGGAGAAAGAGGUGAAGAAAAAUAUUUAAAAGAAGGGGGCACGGCGCGCAGCUUUUUGCGCUGUGUGCGUCUGCGGCCCCCUAGGGGGGAAAUAAAGAAGAUUUUUUUAGUUGGAUAAAUUGUAUAAUAUAUUUAAUAUAUUCAGAGAAUAAACAAUGGCGCUAGGCCCGCUCGGCGAGGGAACGUGUCCACACUCGGACGGUAGAACGACAAAGGCGGCUCCCUCGCAGUUUUAUGCGACGUGAUUUCUCGUCGUUGUCGCUUCCCCGAGAAGAAGAAGAUUUUCUCGCCCUUCGCAGCCCUUCGUCCACCGUACGUAUUUUCUUUUGCAAAGAAGAAUAUUCUCUGAAUAUUUACGCUUGAUAAAUAACAAGUACGAAGGGAGCGAGGGGCUGCGAAAAAAAAAAGAAGAGAAGAGAAGAGUAGGACGAAGAAAAGGGGAAAAAAAUGAAAGGAACGCAAAGUGCCAAGGAACCGAGAAAGAAAGCCAGGUGUCAUUUUAUACAAUCACCAUAAGACCAUAGGUUAACAAGAAUGGGUACAACGCAAAACCAUAGAGCAGAAUAAUGGCAACAAAAAAAAAAAAAAAAAAAGAAGAGAGGACACAGCGAGGUUUCACAAUCAUCAGCAACACACGGUAAUAUUCAACUACCAAAAAAAAAAAAGAAAUCAUUUACGCUACUUUGAGAUCGCUCCUUUUUUUUCCUGAAACAACACAGCACAUCGAGGAGAUUAUGAUUAUCUGUAUUUAGUCAUCGUUUUCGGCCGAAACAACGAAUCAAAAUUUCUCCGUUGUUUAUUUUUAGGUAUUUUUUUCGCACACGGAAAACGUCCGAGAGUCGAACAGAAUGUUACGAAGAAGCACAACGCGAGUGAGAAAACAGUAUCGCUCUUUUAACAGGAAUUCGUGAAAAAGAGGAAAGAAGGAAAUAUUGGCUCGAUGCCAACAACGAAUGGCUCCCCAUGCCUCACCCCUUUUUGGAAUAUCUCUUUGUGGGAAAAAAAAAAGAAGAAACUAAC